AUGCAGCGUGAACCUGAAUACCAGCAUAAUCAAAACCCUUUCGUAAACAAACAUACUGUUGGUUUAAAUGUGGAAAAUAUUAGUUUUUCUUAUGGUGAAGGUUUAUCUGUUUUAGACGGUGUAACUUUAUCUAUCGGUGAAGGUGAAAAGGUUGCUUUAGUCGGGGCUAGCGGUGGCGGUAAAUCAACACUGGUACAAAUCAUAUUGGGUUUGUAUCCUGCUGAUUCCGGUGAACUAUAUUUUGAUGGUGUUAAUUUAAAAGAAAUCGGUUUGGAUGUUGUGCGAGAGAAUGUCGCCACAGUAUUACAGCACCCAGCAAUGUUUAACGACACCGUACGAGAGAAUCUUUCUCUUGGUCGUGAUAUAGAUGAUGAAACCAUCUGGCAGGCAUUGGAUAUUGCUCAAAUGCAUCAAACA